AUCUCCUUGAUAUAGUGAAACUGGCUCUCUCUCGCCCGUGAACGUAGCUAACACACAUCAUGUUAGUGAACCACGUAAAUCGUGUGUCGUGUUUUCGAUUCUCGCUUUCGUAUUCUUGCUUUGUCGAUUCCUGCGAUUUUUCGAUCCGUAGCAGCGCGUUUAUAAAAGUUUAUUUAUUUUAUAACUUCAAUCGAGAAGACGUCACAAAAUUGUUUGUAGUCUAGUUGAUUAGCUUCAAGAUUCACUAAAUGGAGCCGAACGAGAAUUUUGAAACUCUCCUAAUCCCCAUCUUAAACAUCAUCGAUUGUCCGCGAUGAAAACGAUACUUGUAUUCAUUGCCCUGAACAAAAUCAGUCAUUUUAUUCAUAGUGAUUAAUGGCCAAUGGUCGAAGAAGAGUAAUGCUCUGUUUUCCCAUUUACGCCGGCGCCGCCGUCGCCAUCAUCGCGAUCACCGCUGCAGCGCAAGAUUACGCCAACUGCAGCCGGCUGUUCGAAUGCGGCCGCGUCCGAAUCGGUUACCCUUUCUCGGGGCUGAACCGCCCUGCCUAUUGCGGCCGCCCGGCGUUCAAUCUCAAUUGCAGCGGCGGCAUAGUUCCAACGAUUGCCAUCUCAGGCCAACGCCACAAAAUUCUCGACAUCGACGAGCCGUCUCGGACCCUAACCGUCCUCCGGAGCGACUACAGGGGAAUCCUCUGCUCCGCCGACGAUCCCGGGAACGCCACCGUGGACGCGGGCCCGUUCGAUUUCACGCCGGACACUCAAUUCUUGGCGGUGUACCGUGGCUGCCCGCCGCCGGAGUACGGGACGCAGCUGCCGGCGAGCUUGGGCGAGCUCAAUUGCGGCCGCGAUGGGCGCGAGGGUUACUACCUGUUGAGCGAGGAAAUGCUCGGGGGAUUCGAGGGCUCCGUCAGGAAAUUGUUGGGGUCGUGCGGGAAUCGGGUUAUGGUCCCUGUGAAUCGGACGAAGCUGGAGAGAUCGCCGCCGGCGUCGGCGAAGAGGCUGCCGGCGGCGAUUUACCAAGGUUAUGGGCUGCGGUGGACGGGGGGUUACGUUAGUGCUUGUGCCGAAUGUGUGAAGUCCGGUGGGGAGUGCGGUUCCGAUGAGACGGCGGCGGGUUCGUUCGCUUGCUAUUGCUCCGGUGAGGCUUACGCCGCCGGAUGUUUGCUCGGUGGCAGUGGUUUGCCGCCGGGAAAUGCGUUCGAUAAAACCGAAGCAGCGAAGAAAAGGGUUUUGCUGAGAAUAUUGCUACCAAUUGCUGCCAUCAUUACUCUGUCCCUCAUCGCCAUCGCUUUGUUUCAUCACUUCCGAAGCAGAGGAUUGAAGAAACAGAGCAGUAAAAACUUAUCUCUCCUUCCCAAGCCACCAGAAUUCAACAAACUGCAGUCAUCCAAAUUGUCACCAUUCAACGUCGAGUCUCCUCCAAAUCUACAAUCAUUCACCUUCUCCGAAAUCAAAGCAGCGACUAACGACUUCUCCGCUGACAACUUGCUUGGAUCUGGUGGGUUCGGCCAUGUCUACAAGUGUGUGUUCCCUGGAGGUGAGGAAAUGGCGGUGAAACGGCUCUCGAAAUCGUCAACUCAGGGGCUCCUGGAGUUCACGAACGAGGUUUCGCUCACCGCGAGGCUUCAACAUGUGAACCUGGUAAGGGUUUUGGGGUUCUGCACUGAGAAUGAAGAGAAGAUGCUGGUGUACGAGUUCAUGGCUAACAGAAGCUUGGACAUUUUCCUCUUCGAUCCAGUGAAAAGAUUGAGCCUGGAUUGGAACACUAGGGUUAGGAUCAUCGAAGGAGUGACUCAAGGACUUUUGUACCUCCAGGAGUACUCCAACUUCACCAUUAUUCACAGAGAUAUAAAGGCCAACAAUGUUCUUCUGGAUGAUGGGAUGAACCCGAAGAUUUCGGAUUUUGGGAUUGCAAAAUUGUUCGGGAAAGAUCUGGACAAAGCUAACACCAACACGAUUGUCGGAACCUAUGGAUACGUUCCUCCUGAAUACGUGAAGCAUGGGAUAUAUUCAAUGAAAUACGACGUCUAUAGCUUCGGGGUUUUGCUCUUGCAAAUCAUUAGCGGCAAAAGGACCCAAUGUUACUAUGGUACAGAAGAAGACAUGCACCUUUUAGACCAUGCUUACGACUCAUGGAGAAGAGGGGAAGGAAUGGAAUUUUGUGACCCCUCAUUGGAUGAUUCAUCUUCACAAUGUAAGAUGAUAAACUGUCUGCAAGUAGCACUAUUGUGCAUUCAAGAAGAUCCUGAUGACAGGCCAACAAUGUUGGAAGUAUCAUCUAUUUUGAGGAACGGUGCUCUGGGGAUGGAUAUCCCCAAGGAACCUGCAUUUUCAGCGAGAAGGGCAAUGAUGUCUUCUAUGAAUUCUAGAUGUCAGCAAGAAAUGUUUACGUAUAAUAUUUCUGACAUCUCUUCAGUAGAGCCGCGUUGAUACAACACAAAUUGUGUUGUAGAGCUAGACAAAGACAUUGUCAUUUCCAAGAGCAGGAUUCCAUCAACUUGGAUAUUGUAACUCGGGGAGUUCAAAGAGAGGGGAAAUCAAACGACGUUCGUCGGCGUCCAUUUAUUGAGUAGAACAGGCCAAAUACCGUCUCCUUUUUUGUUUUCGUUCAGUUGCCCUCUCCGAUUGUCGUGCUUCAACCGCCGACUGGGAUCCCAGCCGUAGUUCCAUGGCCGUCGCAGGGAUUUCACCCUCCCGUUGUGGCUCAAAAAUCGACACACCGAUCCAUUUUUCAGUCGUCCCUAAACCCUACUCUCCCAAUUUUAUUUCACGGACUACCGACCCCAAACCGAGAGACGAAGCUCUGCAGUGCGUGUCUUCUCCUCUGCCGGAUACGAACGGCCAGUGAUGUAUUGCUCAAAGCCAGAGAGUGUUAGGGAGAGAGGCCGCUUCCAUCCCAAAUUGGUCGUCCCUCUCACACACCCACCGCCCUCGAUACCUCUCUAAUUGGCGCCAGUCUCCGCCAGCGACCUCCAUUGCCCUCGAUACCUCUCUAAUUGGUGUCAGUCUCAGCCACCAACCUCCAUCACCCUCGAUACCUCUCUAAUUGGUGUUAGUCUCAGCCAGUGACCUCCAUCGAAGAAUUCUUUGCCCCCAUCAAUGGUAGCAGUCGGUUUCCUUUUCUUAAGAUUGACGAGGUAGAAAGAAAACCUUAAGCAACAAGCUCUGAACUCCCCUUCCUUUCUCUGACGUCUUCGCACAGAGUCUUUCGUUGGUAAGGAAAACUGCAGAGACGAUCUGCAAAUAACCCUCUCCUGGCUUCGACCUGACUCACCCCACCGAUUACUUCAUAUUAAAUCGCCGAUGGCCUCUACCCAUCAAUCGUUAUGGAUGACCAAUCUGUAAGAUCCCUCUAUUCUCUCUCAUUUCUUCUUGCUACUUCCUUCCUCCUCAAAUAAUUUCUCCACUAGGCGUGAUUGCGGCUGUAGGAGUUUUUCCGCUUGUGUUGCUAUUCAUAGUGGAGUUCGUUUUUGAAGAAUUCUCAUUACUUUGGUUUGCUGUACUGAACGCUUUCCAUCAUCUGCAAUGUUCGAUGGGGAAUGAUUAGUUGUUGAUUGCCACAUUCUUUCCGUCACAGCCGUCGCCGCAACCAGCUGCAAAGAAAUCAGGAGGUACAUCUCAUCCGCUAAAUCCAAUUCCCCACCGCCGACUGCUACAGCUGUGUUCAAAGGAACUCGGCUAGGAGCCCAACCAGCAACCAUCACAGCUUCCAACCCUGAAAUCGUAAAGCCUGAUCUAAUUGAGUCUCUUUUUUUUCCAUAUAAAACCUUGCAUUUGGGAAGGUGUACACUCUUGCCAUGUAUGAAGGUCUUUGGCUUAAAUAUUUGCCUGAAGAGGACACUCUUAGUCUGUAGAGUAGUCUGUGAUCAUGCUUGCACAUUAUUGUACAUGAUACUCGAUCAAAGUUAAUUCGUGGGCUGAAGCCAUUAUGAACUCGGUUUUAUGAAUUAAAGAAAAUCAUGAAUGAGAAGAACUAUGAAUUGCAGCCUAUGCAACAGGCAUCAGGUAAGCUCCCAAACAAUGAUACGGGUCAUGGUGGGAUAUGCUCAUGAGAGGAAGAGCUUCAUGAUCCUGUAAUUCUUUGUUUGGUUCCACAUUUCUGGUCAUUUGAUAACAGGAGGGUCACACUUAAAUUAUAUGUUAUUUGCUUUGUUACUACACCAUGAUAAGCUGAUUGCGUUAAUUUGAAGUUGUAGGCUGGAAUUAAACUACAUCACAAGCUUUCUGCAACUUGCAGGCAGGAACUGCAGGUAAACAUACUUUUCUUCUUUCUCUUCCUCUUCCUCUCAUGAAUAAGGAUCAAGUAUACAGUCGCGCAGUGAAUAGGGCAUAUAUCAACUAAGAAAGUCACAUAGUGUUUGGUAUUUUGCAAGUCCAACUCAAUAAUGCUAUAGUAUUGCUUUAUAGGGUAACCAACUUUUAUAUUUCUGUCGAUUUACUCAUUGUAUCAUUAGUUACUAAAAGUUUUGUUCAAAUGUUCUGAAGAAUAUAUUGUGAUAGGGGAAUGCAUAUUUCAUGGUUGGUACAAUUAAAGACAUGACUAUUUCAUGUUCAAGUGAAUCUGAGUUGCAAAUGGUGUAUUUCACUACUGAAGAUUAGGGAUGACAAUGGGACGGGUUUGGGGUGGGUUUGUCUAAACCAUCCCAUCCACGCUUUUAAAUAUCUAUACCCAUACGGGGAAGGUUUUUCAAACCCAUCCCCAUACCCAUGGGUUUCGGGUACCCAUGGGUAAUACCUGCCCGUACAUCCAAUAUUAUAAUACGCACCUCUAUAUCAUGAAGUCGACAAAGAGACAGUCAUUUUUAAUACGAAUCAAAACAUCUUAUCCUAAAGCAUCCAUUAAUCCAUAUCAGAGUAGAGUACAAUGUCAUUCAAAUCAUUAUUCUCUAUUGUGAUACAUCUAUUAAGUAAUAAAUUAACUAACAUAAUCUUGUUAACAAUGGGAAAAAGUGAAAGAGUGAAGGGAAAAUUGAGAGAAAUAAAUUAGAUUUUGAUUUGAGUGGCCACUCAAUUGCAUUUCUACUAUAUAUUUUUAUUGAGUUAUACUCACUAUUAUUCAUAGCUUACAAAUUGAUUCACAUAUUUUUCACAUGUGAAGAAAUAUUUUUUGUGGGGCGGGUAGGGGGGGGGGGGGGGGGGGGGGGGGCUAAAACCAUACCAUACCCACCCUACACCCAUCAAACUCUUAGCGGGUUUUACCCAUACCCGGUCAAUGCGCGAAUUCCCCGCGUUGACUAGGUCGGGGGCGGUCGAAUACCCGUGAGCAUGAGUUUGAUUGCCAUCCAUACUGAAGAUCCAACUGCGGAAGUUAAAGUCAUGUUCCCGUCUUCACACCUUAGCCAAUUUUAUGUGAUGUGUUGACUGGCGAUCAUAUUGAUUGGAACCAAAACUACAUGACAAUGCUGAGAACUAUCCAUGGCAAUACAUACCACUUGAUGAUUAAAGUCGGAGCGAGGAACCACACUACCAAAUACCACUGUGAUUUGGUCUUGCAUAAGCUGUUUACUCCUCCCAGUAAUUGAUUUGUGCUUUUGUGGGCCUGUUGUCCUAUUUUUCCAGCAGACAAUGGUUUUCUUUAGUCGGAAGGAACAUAUUAAUUUACUUUCCCAUUCGACUUUAACCUCCAGGUUUAUUGCAAGUAUGUUGAUCAACAGCUUGAACACUAUUGACAUGGUUGCUUUGAUGUUUCUAUUUAGUUUAAUUUUGUUCCCAUCAAUGUUAGUUUCAAUUAAGUAGUUAUUCCCAACCUCUGAACCAUUUCGUGUGUGGUUCCUUUUUGACUUUGUUGUCACUUUCUGUCCUCAUUAUUCAAAGAUUGCUUUAUCUGCUGAAAGACUAGGCUAAUCGGGUUGUUCGAGGUUGAACCAUUUAAUAACUUUAAUAACUUUAGAAUACAUUAUAUUUUAACCACUAAGAUAUAAAAUAAUAGUUUAAUACAUGUUUCAAAUUAGAAAAACUAGGCUAAUCGAGUUGGAUCCUAGGUUAACCAUUUAACCCUUUUCGUGAGUUGAUAAAUGGAUUGUUCCAUUCGAAUUAAUAACUUUGAGGAUAAUAUGAAAAUUUUGAGGAUGAGAUGAAAAUUUUAUAAAGAAAAUUAAUCGGCCAACAGGCCGAGUAAAAGCUAGCAACGAUUGUGAGAUAGGUGAUUGUUUAUUGGUCUGCAAUUCGGUUUCUAUAAAACUUCACCUUAUCAUAUUACCAGAAAUAAUAUUGUUUCACAAGGUAACAGAUAUUCGAACUUGGAUCAUAAGCCUGAUUUUUAAUUCGUUGCAUCAUCCAUGCCUCAUUCCUACUAAAAUUCACCAUCUUUGUCAGAAAAACGAAGAGGACAGUCACCGGCUCUUGAUCGCCGGCGUAAUGGGUAGGUGAACACAAGAAAAGAACCCAGAAAAGAAAGGCGGGUGAGAAAGAGGAACGGAAGAAACGAGAUCUUCCUGGUGACGGCCGAACAGCGACACCGACGAUGAUGGUGAUGGGUUGCGAGACGGUGUUGGAAAUAACCAGGCAGCGGGUACCGGGCUGAUGACGAUCGAUCGUGCUUUCGACUGAUGGAGAUUCGAGAUCUGAGCUGCCAUGGUCGAUCGGAGGCAACGUUGAUGUUGGUGUUGGAUGUGAAGCAGAUGUGCACAAUGGCUGCAUUGGUUUGAGUUGCAAUAUGAAGAAGAUGAUGCAGCCAUGGUGAUCAGACAAUACAGCAGCAGCAGGAGA